GUGUGUGGGCAGCUAGUUAACAAUGGCGACAGCCGCGGUAUCUGGUGCUGCAGGCGGCGCCCCCAACACCGGAUCGGGAGCCGAGCUGGUCCGUGGACAGGCCUUCGAUGUGGGUCCCCGCUACAGCAACCUGUCCUAUAUCGGCGAGGGGGCCUACGGCAUGGUGUGCUCGGCGUACGACAAGGAGAACAAGGUGCGAGUGGCCAUCAAGAAGAUCAGCCCGUUCGAGCACCAGACGUACUGCCAGCGGACCCUGCGCGAGAUCAAGAUCCUGCUGCGCUUCAAGCACGAGAACAUCAUCGGCAUCAACGACAUCAUCCGCGCCCCGUCCAUCGACCAGAUGAAAGAUGUAUAUAUUGUCCAGGAUCUGAUGGAGACCGACCUCUACAAGCUCUUGAAGACGCAACACCUAAGCAACGACCACAUCUGUUACUUCUUAUACCAGAUCCUGAGAGGGCUCAAAUACAUCCACUCUGCCAAUGUCUUGCAUCGCGACCUUAAACCCUCCAACCUGUUGCUUAACACUACCUGCGACCUGAAGAUCUGUGACUUCGGCCUGGCCCGUGUCGCCGAUCCCGAUCACGACCACACUGGCUUCCUCACGGAGUAUGUGGCCACGCGCUGGUACAGGGCACCAGAAAUCAUGCUCAAUUCCAAGGGUUACACCAAAUCCAUCGAUAUCUGGUCCGUGGGAUGUAUCCUAGCUGAAAUGCUGUCCAACAGGCCCAUCUUCCCUGGAAAACACUAUCUGGAUCAGCUCAACCACAUUCUCGGAAUUCUGGGCUCUCCUUCUCAGGAGGACCUCAACUGCAUCAUCAACAUUAAGGCCAGAAAUUACUUGCUGUCCCUGCCGCUCAGGAACAAGGUCCCCUGGAACCGACUGUUCCCCAACGCGGAUCCCAAAGCUUUGGAUCUGCUGGAUAAGAUGUUGACCUUCAACCCCCACAAGAGGAUUGAGGUGGAGGAAGCUUUGGCCCACCCCUAUCUGGAGCAGUAUUAUGACCCAACAGACGAGCCUGUGGCAGAGGCGCCAUUCAAGUUUGACAUGGAGCUGGACGACCUGCCCAAAGAGACCUUGAAGGAGCUGAUCUUUGAAGAAACAGCCAGGUUCCAGCCCGGCUACCGGUCCUAAUUCUCAAACAGGAUCACUCCAGCAUCCUGGAAGGGGAGAUCCAGUGAAAGAGCAUCGUGCUUCUUGACGGACCACGGAAUAUCUCCAGCCCCGAGUUUCCCCUCCCCGCCUGAAUCCCAGGACACUAACAGUGCUCCCGUCUCUCUCUCCUCUCUCUCUCUCUCUCCCCUGCAGCCUUUCCCGGAGUGCUCUUGUCACAAAGCUGUUGUUCCUCCUUCCAGCUUCUCCUCAACGAUGUGCUGUGGCUUCGUCUUGGCUUGCCCAUCCAGCCUCCCCCCCCAACCCCCCCUCCCCCGAAAGAGCGCCGGCGUCUGUCCAGCAGAGUGGGGCCCUGCCCUACGGCCCUUCCCUUCUUCUCACUUCCCUCCACUGUGUGUGGACUUCAGACUGCCGCCGCCGCCCCUGCUGCUGCUGGUGUCCCCUUGCAUGGCCACGGUUUUGUUACAGAAGCGCGUUUCGCCGAAAGCCUGUGUCGAGCGUCGCCGGGUUCUCUCCCCGCCGGUUUCCGGACGCGGCGGG